GUCUUGGUGAUAGAAAAAUGGGAGCUCUUGAUUCUCUCUCGGAAUACAUCUCCAACUACUUCCACGUCUCCCACAAAAGAAGGAAGCGUAAAGUCAAGCAGACGGUGAACUUAAAGGUGAAGAUGGACUGCGACGGAUGUGUACGCAAAGUCAAGAACGCUGUUUCCUCCAUGAAAGGGGUGGAAACGGUGGAGCUGAACAGGAAGAUACACAAAGUGACGGUGAGUGGGUACGUGGAACCGAAGAAGGUGUUGAAGAGAGUCGAAAAGACAGGGAAAAAGGCGGAGAUGUGGCCAUACGUUCCUUACAACGUGGUGGCAUAUCCAUAUGCAGUCGGAGUGUACGACAAAAAAGCUCCGGCAGGUUAUGUGAGGAAGUCUGAGCAGUCACAGCCGAUGCCUGGAGCUCCAGACGACGUGAUCAUGUCUCUUUUUAGCGAUGAGAACCCCAACGCUUGCACCGUUAUGUAAUAAAUAAAGUAUCAUUGUAAUAUGAUUAUCCACCGCACAUACUUAACGUUUACUCUUAUAUAUACU